CCUUUCCCCGCCCCCUAACCCUGGGGUGUGAGGCCCGGGGUGCGGGCAGCUGGCUUCUCCUGGUUACACCCGGCUGGUGCAGCGUCUCGUUGAAAGCUUCGGGAACUCGCUUUGGCCGGAUUUGAGGAGGGGGGCGGGGAGGGGCCUGCGGCUUGCGGCCCCGCCCCCUUCUCCGGCUAGCCGGCGGGCGGAUCGGCCCGCCUCCUGCUUCGGCCGGCCCAGGGGCCGCGUCCCCCAGGCAACUCAGCAGCGGAGGCCUGAGCUUCUGCCCGCAGGUGUCGGCGCCGAGGCCCCGGGGUACAGCCUGGUUCGGCCCCAUGGUGGGUUUCGGGGCCAACCGGCGGGCCGGCCGCCUGCCCUCCUUCGUGUUGGUGGUACUGCUGGUGGUGAUAGCGGUCCUCGCCUUCAACUACUGGAGCAUCUCCUCCCGCCACGUCCUGCUUCAGGAGGAGGUGGCCGAGCUGCAGGGCCAGGUCCAGCGCACCGAGGUGGCCCGCGGGCGCCUGGAGAAGCGCAAUUCGGACCUCCUGCUCUUGGUGGAUUCGCACAAGAAGCAGAUCGACCAGAAGGAGGCCGACUACGGCCGCCUCAGCAGCAAACUGCAGGCCAGGGAGGGCCUGGGCAAGAGAUGCGAGGAUGACAAGGUUAAACUACAGAACAACAUAUCAUAUCAGAUGGCAGACAUACAUCAUUUAAAGGAGCAACUUGCUGAGCUUCGUCAGGAGUUUCUUCGACAGGAAGACCAGCUUCAGGACUAUAGGAAAAACAAUACUUAUCUUGUGAAGAGGUUAGAAUAUGAGAGUUUUCAGUGUGGACAACAGAUCAAGGAAUUAAGAGCACAGCAUGAAGAAAAUAUUAAAAAGUUAGCAGACCAGUUUUUGCAGGAACAAAAGCAAAAGGCUCACAAAGUUCAACCGAAAGGUGGACAUGAAUUGGGUGUAAACAAUCAUGCAGUACCUAAAAGUAUUCCAAAAGUAGCUGAGAAUGCUGCAGAAAAGAAUGAAGAACCCUCAAGCAAUCAUAUUCUACGUGGGAAAGAACAAAUCAAACGAGAUGGUGAUGCAGGAAUGCCUGGAAUAGAAGAGAAUGACCUCGCAAAAGUUGAAGAUCUUCCCACUGCUUUAAGGAGACCCCCUAUUUCCAUGUCUCAAUAUGAAAGUCGUCAACCAAUCUCCCAUCUUCCAACCAGACAACCUCUCUCCCCAAAUAUGGUCCCAGAUUCUCAUGUAAACCGUAAUGGAAACCCUGGAACUUCAAAACAGAACCCUUCAAAUCCUCUUCAGCGUUUAAUUCCAGGCCCAAACUUGGAGAGUGAACCCAGAAUUCAAGCAGAUGUACUAAAGCAGGCUACCAAGGAUAGAGUCAGUGAUUUGCAUAAGUUGAAGCAAAGCCGAUUCUUUGAUGAAAAUGAAUCCCCUGUUGAUCCGCAGCAUGGCUCUAAACUGGCGGAUUAUAAUGGGGAUGAUGGUAACGUAGGUGAGUAUGAGGCAGACAAGCAGGCUGAGCUGGCUUACAAUGAGGAAGAAGAUGGUGAUGGUGGAGAGGAAGACGUCCAAGAUGAUGAAGAACGAGAACUUCAAAUGGAUCCUGCAGACUAUGGGAAGCAACGUUUCAAUGAUGUGCUUUAAGUCCUAAAGGAAAACUUCGGAAAACCUAAAGUGCUGUAAAAUGGAAUAAUUUCUACUUUGUUGUUUUUGACUUUUGUUGUAAAGAUCAGUUAUAUCACUUGUAAAGAUACAUUGAGAUAGACUUAAGGAAAAAUUUUAAUGAAGGAAUGUACCCAUGUACAUAUGUGAACCUUUCAUAUUGUAUUAUCAAAACAGAGACUUUUUUGGUUAUGAUACAGUUGAGCCAAAAACAAAGUAAACAAAACUUUAGUCUUUGCAUUUAAAGCAAACUAAUGUAUAUUUUACAUUUUAUUGAGCCCAAUUCUUUCCACAAAUGGACAAACAGGAAAAAGUUGUACAGUUUAUAUGUUGCACAUAGCAUAACCACAGUGAGAAUAGUUAUUGAGCUGAAAAACUUUUUUAUAUACUAAUAUAUUCUUGUUGUCCCAACAGGUGUUCUGUUCUGUCUACCCCUCAUCUCAUGCUCUUCAAGGAGUUAUACCUAGAAUAGUUAAAUAGAGGCCAAACACUGGGCAGCAAGUGUGCAAAAUCACCUCCCUACUCCUUUUAUUUUACAUGAGUGCUGAUAUGUUUUGGCAGAUAAUCUUUCAGCUGAGGCCUGAUGGAAGUUGAGAUAACCUGCAAAGACAUAACAAUAUUUAUGAGUUAUACCUUACUUAGUUCAUGAAAUUAUGAAAUGCAUGAUUGACAGUAUAUUUUUAAUUUUUAUUUUUUCACUUAAUACCAGUACUGUUUAACUAUAACCAGCGCUGGCUAAAAUUUUUAUAUUUUCAGAGCUCAAGUUAGUGAAGAUAUUCAUGAUUAAAUGCCAGAUUCUGAAAAAGGCUAAAUCAACUUUGAAAUGAUUCUGCAGUCAGUAUUUCAAAGCUUCUCUGGUAGUUUUAGUGAUCUUAUUGACUAGACUUUUUCAGAAGUACUAAAUAAGGAGUUUUAACAGAUUUUUAUUAAUGCACAGAUAAAUAGAAGUACAGUGAGGUCUAUAGACAUUUUAAUAAAAUAGUUUAAAAGUUUGUAAUAAAGAUGAAGAAUCUUUGUAACUACUUAAUAUGUUAGUUAAGAACCCAUAAACCUCAUAUUUGCUAGACUUACAAAAUUAUUUUAAAUGCAUUUGUCUUUUUUGACACUGUUCAGUAGAAUAUGUAAGCUAGCUAAUCCUUGUUUUCUGAUUUAAAACACCUUUAAGUCUUAUCCCCCUCCCUCAGAAUGAAAAGUUUUGAUCAUAAGGAGAAAUUUAAGCAUAUUAACUCUCUUUUUCAGAAGGGCUACUAUUAAUUGCACAUAAACAUGAAAUGCUUUUUUUUCCCCCUGUACUCAGGUUCUAAUCAAAAUUUAAAUGUAUAGAAGGAAAAAAAUACGUUGUUCACUUAUUGGAGGUGCAAAAAUUCUUAGACUUCAGUUCUGAAUUAUUUAGUGACCAGGAAAAGAUGUAGUGAUUUACUAAAAUUGUUUUUUUCUACCAUAUCAAAAUAAACAAUUCAUGCCUUUGCUAUCAAUAGAGUCAGGCCUACAGUGAAUAGGUAUGAUAGUUCACAGAAUUUUUUUAAGUGGAGUUAAAGGGAAUUGAUGUGCACUUUUGGGCAUUAGGAAGGGAAGAUAUAUCUAAAAAUACUCCUAGUAAUACUUUAUAUUUAAUACUGUAAAAUCUUUACAAAUGAAAACCAAGAAGUUUCCUGCCUUAGUUCCUUUUGUCAUAAAAACAAUCACUUGGUUUUUUGGUAGCUAUUACUUACACAGCAAAAUUUCUUCCAUUAGCAGUCUAUACAUUUUAUAAACUGAGAAAUCUUGCACCAAUUGAUAAUAUUUUGACUGUAUUAACAUUUUAGUGCUAUAAAAUUCUAUGUGAAUCUCUUAAAAUUCUGACAUUCUACAGUCUGUAUUAGACAUGCUGGUUUUAUAAUGUUUUACUUCUGCCUUAAGAUUUAGGUUUUUUAAAUGUAUUUUUGCCCUGAAUUAAGUGUUAAUUUGAUGGAAACUCUGCUUUUAAAGUCAUCACUUACUGGGUUCUAAUAAAUUAAAGAUUAAACUUGUUUCACUA